GUACAAUGUUUAGUGUUUACAUGCACUUAGUUAUGACAUUCGUCGUGAAAGCACGCCGCGUACUGUUUGUGAACUCUGUUUGAAAUGUGUGUUUGAAAUAUACGUCGGCUUACUUUUUUUUUUGUGACUUUCUGCUUUGAAUUCCGAUUAGUGAUUAUUGGUACGCCAUACUGUGUCUAUGUCAUGGUGUAAUUAUGGCGACUACAGCCAUGGUGGUGUCUCCGUUAGCGUCUCAACCUUCACCAAAAAAUAAACGCCGUCUCUUCGCUGAAGCGAGACAAAACAGCUUACAAAAACUAAGCGUUAUAUUCGAUCACGGGAAUAAAAAUGGCAAUGGUGGUGAAACUACAUGGUGUUUUAGUCAGGUGAAGGGUACUCUGGAAGACGAUGUCACCGAGGCCGACCUGAUCUCAUGUGUGGAGUUCAAUCAUGAUGGAGAGCUUCUAGCUACGGGGGAUAAAGGUGGCAGAGUUGUCAUAUUUCAAAGAGACCCAGCAUCUAAGCAAUGUGUGCCCAAAAAAGGUGAAUACAAUGUGUAUUCAACGUUCCAAUCCCACGAGCCAGAGUUUGAUUAUCUCAAGUCCUUAGAAAUAGAAGAAAAAAUUAAUAAAAUAAGAUGGCUGAAGAGAAAGAAUCAGGCGCACUUCCUAUUGUCAACAAACGACAAAACUAUCAAGCUGUGGAAGGUAUCAGAGCGUGACAAGCGAGUGACUGGUUACAACACGCGUGAAGAAGGAGGCCGGCCGAGGGAUCCGGCUAGGGUCACCUCACUCAGGGUACCCACGGUCAGGCCAGCGGAUCUCAUGGUGGAGGCUUCGCCUAGGAGGAUAUUCGCUAACGCGCACACAUACCACAUUAAUUCAAUAUCACUGAACUCGGAUCAGGAGACAUACUUGUCAGCUGAUGACCUCCGGAUCAACCUGUGGCACCUGGAGAUCACGGACCAGAGCUUCAACAUAGUGGACAUAAAGCCUGCUAAUAUGGAGGAACUCACCGAGGUUAUAACCGCAGCGGAGUUCCAUCCAACUGAAUGCAAUCUCUUUGUAUAUUCUAGUAGUAAGGGUACAAUAAGGCUGUGCGACAUGCGAGCGGCGGCGCUGUGCGAUCGUCACGCCAAGCUGUUUGAAGAGGAGGAGGAUCCACACGCCAGGUCUUUCUUCUCGGAGAUCAUAUCAUCUAUAAGUGAUGUUAAGCUCAGCAAUUCUGGCAGAUACAUGAUGUCUAGAGACUAUUUAGGUUUAAAAGUAUGGGAUCUUAGAAUGGAGACGAAACCAGUAGAAACAUAUCCAGUGCAUGAGUAUCUACGAUCAAAACUUUGCUCACUGUACGAAAAUGACUGCAUCUUUGACAAGUUCGAGUGCUGUUGGAGCGGGGACGACCAGAGGCUCAUGACUGGCUCAUACAACGGCUUCUUUAGGAUAUUCGAGCGCGGUUGCGGCGCGGGCGCGGCGUCCGCUCGGCGCGGUGAGCUCACACUGGAAGCGUCACGUGACGCGGCCGCCACCAGACCGAGGCAGCCGCUCCGGGCGAGACGGGUAGCGGCCACCGCCAAGAGGAAGAAGGACGAGAUAAGCGUAGACUGUUUGGACUUCAAUAAGAAAAUAUUACAUACGGCGUGGCAUCCGCACGAGAGCAUCAUAGCCGUGGCGGCGACAAACAAUCUUUUUAUAUUCCAAGACAAAUUCUAGCGGAACUUAAUGUAGGCCGGGGCGAGGGGACACCGCACGAGCACGACACGACUUGUCGUAUGUUAUAAAAGACUACGUCGGUUAUAUUACACGCGUUACUGAGUGAUACGACCUAGUUGCUUUACACCAUACGGCUAGUGUCGCGUAAAGAUAUCAACCUACUGCCAUUUGUUUGACCAUAACUAAACUAUCAAAAGUAUUUGUUGUAUAAAAAAAAGUAACAAGGAAUUGCUAAUUAAUAAUAUUGUUUAACAGAGCACUAUCGGGAUAAGAAUUGUUGAAAUAUUUUGGCAGAAUGUAUUGUUUUAGUGCCCAUUUCAUGAUAUGAUAAUUAAAAGUUGUGACAAAUGAUAAAAUAAGCUUUGUAUUAUAUGAAACGUGAACAUUGUAAUGUUGAUUAUUACAACAGAAAUAUUCCAUUAGAAUAAAUAUAUAGUUAUAGAUGAAAUGUACUGAAAAUAGUCCAAGAAGUAUAUCAGACACGAAUACGUCCUCCUCGCCCUAGGCUAAAUGAUAUUGAGAUAUGUGAAUAAUCAAUAUGACGUUGUCUCAAACGAUAUUUUUCAACAUCACAUUGUUACUGAGCUGCCUCGGAACACGUUUGUAUGGUUGUUUAUACCACCGUUCAUACCAAAUAUACAUCCACUAAUCCAAGACCACAGAGAGCUCAACGGGAUCGCCGCGCCUCGGGACAUUCACAGCAGUCAUACAACGUGUUAUGCUACAUAAGUUAACAUACGCUUGAAACACUUAACUUUGUAAGCGUUAAUUAUUUAUUUUGUGAGAAUUUUUCUUAAGUGACCAUGAGAUUAGAUAGAUUCUAACAACAGACGCACUGGGAGUCCAAAAAAGAUUGUGUUAUUUGGGUCUGUUACAACACAGCCACGGUGAUGUCGUCGGUUAAGUCACCAGCUCCGCCGUUAUCGUUUUUUAACCAGAAUGUCUAAGAAAAAAACGAAUAAAUGGUGUAUAAGUGAAUCGGAUAAAGUAUACGUAAUCGCAACGCCUGUUUCGGGUUAAUUUUUAACUUUACCCCGUGCCUUAAUGAACAGUGUUCUUUGUUAAUCGUCUCUUUUUUUUUUUAUUUAUUAUGUAUUUUUUUUUUGUGAUUGUUUUUUUUUAUUACUCCUCCUGGUUACCCACAGUUGUGAUUCUGCCCUCAGUUUGAAAUUCAAUAAAAAGGUUUUUAAAGUCAAAUCAGUGUUGCCAGAUUUUGUAUUGAAUUCUGAUUUGUAUAUAAAUUGUAUUGCAACUGGCAUGUUUUAUGUAGUGGGCUGUGAUCGUGUGCUUUACGUGUGUGAUAGAGGACCGUACAGAUAACGAAAAUAUACGAGGGCAGAAAGGUUAAUGGUCUACAGAGAACUUUAUUUGUAUUGUUAAUUAAAAAGGCCGUUAUCAAAAAGGUUUUAUAUGUCAGUCAAAAAUAGAAGGUAUAAUUGUUGAAACUAACAUCCAAUAGGAUCUGUGGCGGCCGUUAGUAUAUAUGAAGAUGAAGACAAUUCGGCAUACAAUACUUAAAGUACAUAAUACCGUUUUGUGAUUUUUAGUUAUUCAAUAUAUUUGUAAGGAAGCUUGGUUAAUGUAAAUAAUGCUAUGGCCUGAACAAUAUAAGUAUAGGAUACAGUCACAACAUUGUAUAGAUAUUGUAAAGCUUGGUGAAAUUAUGUCUCAGAUUAUUGAAAUAGAAUUUUGUAAGAAUUUUUAAACGUGUUGUGUAAAAAAAAAAGGUAAAAUCUGGACGUAUGUUUGUUUUAAUGACGUAAUCGAUUUGUAGUGUUGACGGAGCUAUGCACUUGUUUCACAGCGGAUGUUAGUAAUAAAAAUCGUAUUUGGUCGGCAUCGAAUCCAAACGGUAGCAGUCGAGCGUCACUUCCAUUUGUUUGUGAGUUAAACUAAUUUUAUGUCCGUUUAUUUUAAGUUACUUUGUUUCUUACACACGGGGGCCGGUCAAUUCCUCACGCGUCCUAGUGUAAGUGAUCACAAACGCAGUCGGCUGAUAGGUAUUAGUGAUAAAUGUGUGAUAUUUAUCGGAAGUUUAAUGAAAAAAAAAAUAUUGCCUUCGCAGCUAAGUCUUGCUUUGAAAGCAACACGGAAUUGACUAAGACCCCCCCAUGUAAAAAUGAGCUCUGUAGUAUACAGGUGAGCCGUGGAUGAAUGAACGUAUGAAUAAUUUAAAUUUAAGUCUAGUUUAUAGUUAGGCGAAAAAAACUGUGAACGCAAAACAGUGAAUAAAUAAAAAAAAUCUAGUUUUUUUUUUCUUUUCUGCGUCGAGGGAUCAACUGUGUAUGCGUUGUGAUAAAUGAGUUGGGUGACCUCGAGCGAUUGUUGACAACGAAAUCAUUGAAACGUUUGGUCAUCGUGCCUCUGCCUUGUUGUUUUUUUUUUUAUAUGUAUAUACUAUAUUCACUCUUUAUUUAAAACCUCCUUUGGAUUUUUAAUGCUGAUUUUUUAAAAUUAUUAUUAGAUAUCGUUAUUGAAGAUGUAUCAAGAGAUUGAACGAAUUGAAUCGUUAGUAGGAAUAUAUAUUUUUUUAAUUGGUUAUUUGUUAUAUAAAUGUGCCAUUACAAGGCGGAGGCUCGGUCGAGUUGAGUGUUGUUGUUGAAUCCAAAAUAUUUCCUAUAAUAUAAAUUUUUAUAUCUGA